UUUAUCAAUCAAUCAAACGGCACACCAUCACGUUAUCCACUGCCCAAUACAGAACCAGCCAGCCUUCUGUAAACGGCCCAAUUUCUAAACCCUAAUCCACAAUGAAUCCAAAGCUAAAUUUCUUUCUGAAUAUAACGAUCGACAUGUGUCUGUAUCCAUCUGCUCCGCGAAAACCCUUUAAUUCCCUAUAAACGCCCUUUUUGGCACACAGAAUUGCAUGCAUCACACACCCACCUUCGCUUUCAGCUCAAGAAAUCUCCUGUAAUUUUCUUGAAAUUUUUACUAUAUAUAUAUAUAUAUGAGUCUGCAAAUACCAACUAAUCGGAUUUUAUUAUCCGAAUCAUUUCUUGUUUCCAAAAGCUGGAUCCUUUUGUGCUGACUCAUUUUCGCUCUUUAAUCUGUUAGCGAAGACGCAAAAAAAAUAUUUACCCACUUAUUCUCACUCUCUAAUAGAUUUACAUAUACCCAUGCGAACAAUUUUGUGAUUUUUCUAGAAUUUUAAGCUCAACCACUUGGAAGACUUGGAAAAUUAGGACAAGGAUUUGGUUUAGUUUAAUUUUUUUAGAGAUUCCCCUUCUUUAUGUGUUUUGAAAAAUUAGAUAUUUGAUGUAUAUAUCUAUGUACAUAUGAAUGCGUUUUAGGCUUUUCUGAUAACAGAUGCUGAAGAUAAUCAAUUAAGGGGAUUGGAUUAGAUUUAUUUUUUCAUAUGAGUGUUAGUGUUUUAGAGAAAGUGGGAGUGCGGAAAAUGAGUUUAGCUGCGGCUGAGGAAGUUUCAGCUUCGGAAAUUCAUCUUCCGGCUGAUAUAGAUUGGAAGAUGUUGGAUAAAUCCAAGUUUUUCUUACUUGGGGCAUUGCUAUUUUCAGGAGUUUCAGGCACACUCUAUCCGGUUGUGGUGUUAAAAACGCGUCAGCAAGUUACGUUGAAUAAGAUUUCGUCUAUGAAAAUGGCGAGUUCCAUUUUGAAAUUCGAGGGAUUCAGAGGAUUUUAUAGGGGAUUCGGGACUUCCCUUAUAGGAACAAUUCCUGCACGCUCCCUUUACAUGGGGGCACUUGAAGUGACAAAGAGUAAUGUAGGCAAGGUUGCUAUUGGUCACUUGGGAUUAUCUGAGGCCUCGGCCGGUGCUAUUGCUAAUGCUGCUGCUGGCCUAAGUGCUGCAAUGGCCGCGCAAUUGGUUUGGACACCAAUCGAUGUUGUUAGCCAGAGACUGAUGGUCCAAAGUGGUAACAACGGUGGUUCAAUUGGCUUGAAAACGUACAAUGGUGGGAUCGACGCAUUUAGAAAGAUUAUACAUGCUGAUGGAGUGAGGGGAUUGUAUAGGGGAUUCGGGUUAUCAAUAUUGACUUAUGCGCCUUCCAGUGCUGUGUGGUGGACUUCUUACUCUGUCGCACAUAGGUUGAUUUGGGGAUGCAUAGGUUGCUAUGGCUGCAAGAAGGACGAGAGUGGUUAUAGGCCGGAUGGGAAGGCAAUGGUGGCAGUUCAGGGGUUGAGUUCUGCAUUUGCUAGUGGGGUAUCGGCUUUGGUUACAACGCCUCUCGACACGAUCAAGACGAGAUUGCAGGUUUUGGAUGGAGAAGGAAGUGGUUGUGGUCGAGGUCGAGGUCGAGUGCCAACGGUUUUACAGACGGUGAGGAACUUGGUUAAGGAAGGUGGACUAAGUGCUUGUUACAGAGGUUUAGGUCCUAGGUGGGUUUCAAUGUCGAUGUCUUCAACGACCAUGAUCACCACGUACGAGUUUCUCAAGCAGCUGUCGGCUAAACGUCAAGAGAGUUUUGCUUGAGCAGAGGAAGAGUAGAAACCCAAAGUUUUAUGUAAUUUCAGCCCUGUUGGUCUUGCCUAAUUGUAUACCUCUGUAAAUGUUUGAAAAUGUAGAAUGGUUUCUUUAUUUCUUAUCAUGUCCCAUGUUUUAA